AUGGCAAAGGAAUAUGUUCACGAUGAAGCAAAGCCAAAUCAGCGUUAUUCAGAUAUAUUGAAUGAACCACGGAAGUUGUUGUUGCCAAUCGAUGGUUAUCAAAAUGUUGCUUUGAUAUCUUUAGAAGAAGCAGUUAGGAAUAUUUCACAUUUAUUAGAUAGUGAUAUAUCUACCAAAGUUUAUAUAGCAAAAGAGAACAGUCGUCAUCCUGAGGAUGGACUUACACCAGACGAAUCUGCGUCCAUUCAUCUCUAUACAAUGGAAUCUGUUGAGGACGGUGUAAGUUUGUAUUUCAUUUUAAAUAAAACACUACGACUGGAAAAUCGCCAGCAUUUAAAACCGUGGUUUCCAUAUCUGAAAUUGUUAUUAACGGGUUUAUUCAAACUAAAAUCACAGAAGAAAACUGUAUGGCGUGGCAUUAAUGGCAACCUGAGUCAAGAAUUUGAUCAGGGUGCGAAGUUCAUUUGGUGGGGUAUCAGCAGCUGUACAGAAUCAUUAAAUGUUCUAGAAUCCGAACAAUUUCUUGGUAAAACCGGUACACGAACACUGUUUAAUAUUGAAUGCUUGAACGGAAAAAUGAUAAAGAAGCAUUCAUAUUAUCCAGCAGAGGAUGAAAUUCUUCUUUUACCGGCAACACAGUUCGAAGUUGUGGGUAGAGUGCAGCCUGCUGCCGGGCUCUACAUUGUUCAAUUGCGAGAAGUAAUACCUCCCAUUGUAUUUCUAAAACCCCCAUCAGGUUAUUCUGCACUUUCCAUCGAGGACGCUACACCAGAAACAUUACCAAAACCCUCAAAAACCUUAAAAGCAGGCAAUAAGGACUUAGCCAACACAGAGCCAGUUAAUGUGAAACAUUGUACAGUUUCUGCGAACGUCGAUACAUCACUUUUAGUCAAUCUCCAAAAUCUGAGACUGUCAAAAACCGAAAAAGAAAUGGUAGCAACAAUUCUUUCUGAUUCCGGAACAACGCUUUAUAUUGGGAGCAACCAGAUAUCAUUUGAAGGUAGAAAAGCAAUUGCAGAAGCCCUGAAAGUCAACCAGACAUUAAUAACGCUUAAUAUUGAGGGUAACCAGAUAUCAUCUGAAGGUGGAAAAGCUAUUGCAGAAGCCUUAAAAGUCAACCAAACAUUAACAACGCUUUAUAUUGGGAACAACCGGAUAUCGUCUGAAGGUGGAAAAGCUAUUGCAAAAGCCUUAAAAGUCAACCAAACAUUAACAACGCUUAAUAAUGAGGGCAACCAGAUAUCAUCUGAAGGUGGAAAAGCAAUUGCAGAAGCCCUGAAAGUCAACCGAACAUUAACAACGUUUAAUAUUUGGAACAACCAGAUAUCAUCUGAAGGUGGAAAAGCUAUUGCAGAAGCCUUGAACGUCAACCAAACAUUAACAACGCUUAAUAUUGGGAACAACCAGAUAUCAUCUGAAGGUGGAAAAGCAACUGCAGAAGCCUUAAAAGUCAACCGAACAUUAACAACGCUUUAUAUUGGGAACAACCAGAUAUCAUCUGAAGGUGGAAAAGCAAUUGCAGAAGCUUCAAAAUUAAAUGGCAUAUGCUCAGUUAAGGGUGUAUGA